AUGGCGGCCUGGGCGCGGGCGGUGCGGGGGCUGCUGCUGGACGUUAGCGGGGUCCUCUACGACAGCGGCGGCGACGGCGGGGUGCCCAUCGCCGGCUCGGCGGAGGCGGUGCGCAGGAUCAAAGCAUCUGGUCUGAAGCUGCGGUUCUGCACUAACGAAACCCAAGCGACCAGGGAGAAGUUCGUGAAGAAGCUCCAGGGCAUGGGCUUUGACAUCUCCGUGGCCGAAGUCACUGCCCCAGCGCCAGCAGCCUGCCGCAUUUUGAAGGAGCGCAGCCUGAGGCCGCACUUGCUCGUGCACAACGAUCUGGUCCCUGAAUUUGCUGAGAUUGAUAAAGCAAACCCAAACUGCGUGGUUAUCGGAGAUGCAGCAGAAAACUUCACCUAUGCCAACCUUAAUGAAGCUUUCCGAGUUCUGAUUGGGAUGGAGAAGCCUGUUUUGAUCUCGCUUGGAAGAGGACGCUACUAUAAAGAAACCGAUGGUCUGAAACUUGAUGUUGGAGCAUAUAUGAAGGCAUUAGAGUAUGCUUGUGAUGUUCAAGCUGAGGUAGUGGGAAAACCAGCAAAAAUGUUUUUUGAGUCAGCCUUGGCAGAAAUGGGAGUUCCACCACAGCAGGCCAUCAUGAUUGGAGAUGAUAUUGUGAAUGAUGUAGGAGGUGCCCAGCGGUGCGGUAUGAGAGCUCUGCAAGUGCGGACAGGGAAGUACAGGCCUUGCGAUGAAAACCACCCUGACGUGAAGCCCGACGCGUACGUGAACAACCUCGCCGAAGCAGUUGACAUUAUCCUCCAGCAGCUGUAA